UUUGGAAUGAUAAAAGGUCAAUCAGAUCACUCUGUCUUUAACAGAAAAACGAAAGCGGGUAUCACAUUGCUUGUGGUGUAUGUCGAUGAUAUUGUGAUUACAGGAAGUGAUACUGCAGGUAUUUUGGCUCUUAAGAAUUUUCUUCAUAGCCAAUUCCAAACAAAAGACCUAGGCUCAUUGAAAUACUUUCUGGGUAUUGAGGUAACACGAAGUAAGAAAGGCAUAUUUCUAUCUCAGCGUAAAUAUGUACUUGAUUUACUAACUGAAACAGGGAAAUUGGGAGCAAAGCCAAACACAACUCCCAUGGUUCCCAAUGUGCAACUCACUUCAGAAGGCAUACCAUUCGAAGACCCAGAAAGGUACAGAAGAUUGGUUGGAAAGCUUAACUAUCUCGCAGUCACUCGUCCAGACAUUGCUUACUCUGUGAGCGUAGUAAGUCAAUAUAUGUCAUCUCCGACCAUUGACCAUUGGGCUGCUGUAGAACAUAUAUUAUGUUACUUGAAGGGAACACCAGGACGCGGGAUUGUCUAUCAAAAUCACGACCACAUGAGAAUAGAAUGUUUUGCUGAUGCUGACUGGGCAGGAUCUAAAGAUGAUCGAAGAUCUACCUCGGGGUAUUGUGUCUUUGUUGGAGGAAACCUAGUAUCCUGGAAGAGUAAGAAACAGAGUGUGGUUUCUCGUUCGAGUGCCGAAUCAGAAUACCGAGCUAUGGCACAAUCUGCAUGUGAGAUCAUAUGGAUAGGCCAUUUAUUGGGUGAAAUCGGAUUGAAGACACCAAUGCCUGAUAAAUUGUGGUGUGAUAAUCAAGCUGCCAUACACAUUGCCAACAACCCAG